UUGUAAUCUUUUUUACAGAUAAAUAGUCUUAUAGGAACAAAGGUCGAGUGGCUGUAUUAUAUUCUCCAGGCAUUUAACUCCGGUGACCUAGUUCGAUAUCAGGAAUUAUGUCGUGUACACAAUGCUGCCCUCAGGUCUCAACCUGCACUAGUUGAGAAUGAGAAGAAGUUAGUGGAAAAGAUUAACAUUCUCUGCCUGAUGGAAAUUAUCUUUAGCCGGCCUUCUGAGGACCGAACUAUUCCAUUAAGCAUCAUUGCAGAGCGCACAAAACUUUCAAUUGAGGAUGUUGAGCAUCUUCUGAUGAAGUCUCUCUCGGUUCAUCUCAUCGAGGGUAUAAUCGAUCAAGUUGAGGGAACAGUUCAUGUAUCCUGGGUACAGCCAAGAGUUUUGGGUAUUCCGCAGAUCAAAUCCUUACGUGAUCGGCUGGACAAUUGGUUGGAGAAAGUACAUACCGCUUUGUUGUCCAUCGAAGCGGAAACACCCGAUCUUGUGGCAUCAUAAAUUUUGUUCUUUUUGUUUUCCCUCAUUAUCUUUCUGCUCAUUGUGUAACAAUGUCUUCGAGAAAACAAAAGGAAACAAAAUGAAAAAUGGCAAUGGAGGCAAAGAGGAGAAAGAGACAAGUUUUAGUGACCGAGGCAGUUGGGACAAACUAGAACUGUAUGCAUGGUUUAAAUAUUGGCUGAGCAUUUUUCUGAAAAGUGCAGUUGUCAUUUGCUAUAUGGUUAGCAGCAGCAGUAUCUCUUGAGACAUUGAAAAUUGAGAAUGGCCUUCUAGUCUACUCUUUUGAAAUGGGAUAUUAAAUUUAUGUAUUGAGAAUUUCCUUAGAUACCAUCAUUAAUGUUAUUAGUUUCAUCUUUGCUUU